CAUCACGUCGCAACGUAAACGUCAACUUGACCAUUCAUUUACAAUUUUUCGAUAUAAAUAUAGUUCUUUCUUGUGAAAUUAAUUAGUUUUAGCAUUUUAAAAUAUAACUUAAUGAGAAUAUGAACCGUACUGAGGGUUUAGUGCAACGAAGAAAUGUUAUAAAGGAGAGUAACACAGACGGACAGAAAGAAAAUCACGACAACGAUGAUAAGAAAAAUGAUAAAAAUUAUGAUGACGGAGAUUCCAAGGAAACUAAAUUGACAUUAAUGGAAGAAGUGUUACUGUUAGGGUUAAAGGAUAAAGAGGGUUAUACAUCAUUUUGGAAUGACUGCAUAUCCAGUGGUCUAAGAGGAUGCAUUCUAAUUGAACUGGGCUUAAGAGGACGACUUGAACUGGAGCGAGCUGGAAUGCGUAGGAAAGGCUUGUUGUCUAGAAAAGUGAUUGUAAAGUCAGAUACUUUAACCGGUGAUGUUCUGCUAGAUGAAGCUCUGAAACAUAUGAAAGAUACUGACCCUCCAGAAACAGUACAAAGCUGGAUUGAAUAUCUGAGUGGUGAAACAUGGAAUCCAAUGAAACUGAAAUACCAGUUAAAGAACGUACGCGAAAGAUUGGCUAAAAAUCUGGUUGAGAAAGGGGUUUUAACAACAGAAAAACAAAAUUUUCUUUUAUUUGACAUGACGACACACCCUCUCACAGAUAAUGUCGUUAAGUGCCGUUUAGUUAAAAAGGUUCAAGAAGCAGCACUACGUCGUUCAAUUACUGACGUAGCACAUGCAGAUAAAAGAUCUUUAGCGUUAUUGAUGUUGGCACACUCAGCUGAUGUGCUAGAGAAUGCCUUCGCGCCCUUAUCCGAUGAAGACUACGAGUUGGCGACGCGGCGCGUGCGAGCCCUGCUUGAUCUAGAUUUCGAAGCGGAAGCCAUGAGGCCCGAUGCUUGUGAAAUUAUGUGGGCAGUGUUUGCGGCCUUCACUAAAUAGUUGUAAUACGUUAUCGUCAAUGGCGAUUCUUAGAAAAUUUAACUAUAAAAUAUGGUUUAUAUUUAUCUGUUCAUAAGCCCAAUAUAUUAUGAUGACAAACACUAUCGGAGUUAAUUCAAACUGGAAUGGCCAUCGUCGGUACAUAAUAUGGAUCGUUGUACGAAAACCCAGAAGAACAAGUUUAAUGCCAUACAUUUUACUGUCGUGAAAAUCUUGGUAAAACUUUGUAAAAUUUGUACAAACCAGACUGUAAAUAAGAAUAUGUAACCAGUAUUAAAUUAUUCCAUUUGGUGCA